AUGUCAUUCGUACUGGACCUACAUGAUCCAAAUGGUAAACUUUAUAAAAUUCAUCAGGAACACUUUGGGCAAAUAAACAAAAAUCAGAAACUGCAAAAUAAAGAAAACUAUGGUCCAUCUGUUGAUGAAGGAAUGUGGACCAAAUUGACAAUUGAUGCCUUUAUUUAUUCAAUGUUGAAGUUUUUUGAUAGAAACUUAGUUGUUUGUUGGGGUGAUAGUGCAAACCAAACAACAAAAGGAGCUGAUGUAGCCCUUGGUUAUGAUACUGAGGUGAUAAAAUCUUAUACUAAAAAUAGCACCAAAACACCAACAUUCAAUUAUGGAAAAAUGCCAGACAUCUCAGUAUAUUGGAGCAAUGAACAUUUCCAUACAACUGUUUGUUUGAUGGAAGCCAGUUCUGGGCCUUUUGCAGCUCCUGAUAUGUUAAAAAAGGAAGGAGAUUGGUGA